CGCCAGCGCCCUGGCCCCCACCCGGGCCUCCGAGGAGCCGCCGCGUCGCCGGGCCCGCGGGGCAGAUGAAGAGAUUAUAAAUCUUCCACUGAAUGAAAAAAUUUUUCUUAAAGUUGCAUGUACUCCAAGAAAAAAACCGUAGCUUUUUAAAUAUUUUGCCUGAAUUCAAAAUUUAAACAAGAAGUUUCCAGAAAAGCUCUGUGGCUGUCAUCAUGUUCUGGAAGUUUGACUUGAACACCACGUCCCACGUUGACAAGCUUCUGGAUAAGGAGGAUGUGACACUGCGUGAGUUGAUGGACGAAGAUGACAUCUUACAAGAGUGCAAGGCUCAGAACCGGAAGCUGCUGGACUUCCUCUGCAGGCAGCAGUGUAUGGAGGAGCUGGUGAGCCUCAUCACACAGGACCCGCCCCUGGACAUGGAAGAGAAGGUCCGCUUCAAAUAUCCAAACACAGCCUGUGAGUUGCUGACGUGUGACGUGUCUCAGAUCAAUGACAGACUAGGAGGUGACGAGACUCUGCUGAACCUUCUUUAUGACUUCUUGGACCAUGAGCCACCUCUCAAUCCUCUGCUCGCCAGCUUUUUCAGCAAGACCAUUGGCAAUCUCAUUGCAAGAAAAACUGAACAGGUGAUUGUGUUCUUGAAGAAGAAGGACAAGUUUAUCAGCCUGGUAUUGAAGCACAUUGGCACCUCGGCCCUCAUGGACCUGCUGCUCCGUCUCGUCAGCUGUGUGGAGCCAGCCGGGCUCCGGCAGGAGGUUUUGCACUGGCUUAAUGAAGAGAAGAUCAUCCAGAGACUCGUGGAGUUGAUCCACCCAAGUCAGGAUGAAGAUAGGCAGUCCAAUGCUUCUCAGACUCUCUGUGACAUCGUCAGGCUGGGCAGAGAGCAGGGCAGUCAGCUGCAAGAGGCUCCAGAGCCAGACCCCCUCCUCACAGUGCUGGAGUCGCAGGACUGCGUGGAGCAGCUUCUGACGAACAUGUUUGAUGGAGACCAGACUGAGAGCUGCCUCGUCAAUGGGACUCAGGUGUUACUUACCUUGUUAGAGACAAGGCGGGCUGGGACAGAGGGCUUGGUGGACUCCUUUUCUCAGGGACUGGAGAGAUUGUACACUGUCAGUGGCAGCAUUCUGGACGGCAUUGAGCCACGACUGAAGGACUUCCACCAGCUUCUGCUCAGCCCGCCAAAGAAAAAAGCAAUCCUGACCACCAUCGGCGUGCUGGAGGAGCCCCUGGGGAACGCCCGUCUGCAUGGCGCCCGCCUCAUGGCUGCACUGCUACACACCAACACGCCCAGCAUCAACCAGGAACUCUGCCGACUCAACACCAUGGGCUUGCUGCUGGACCUAUUUUUUAAGUACACCUGGAAUAACUUUCUGCACUUCCAAGUGGAGCUAUGCAUAGCCGCUAUUCUCUCCCAUGCUGCCCGGGAGGACAGGGCAGAAGCCAGUGGACCCGAGAGUGGGGUUGAGCCUCUGGCCAAGAACAGGGAGCCAGAGGCCCCCCAGCCUGCCGCAGGCCGCCCAGAGAACACAAUGGUGACCCAUCUGUUCCAGAAGUGCUGUCUAGUCCAGAGGAUCCUGGAGGCCUGGGAAGCCAAUGACCACACGCAGGCAGCGGGUGGCAGGAGGCGUGGAAACAUGGGCCACCUCACCCGGAUCGCCAACGCGGUGGUACAGAACCUGGAGAGGGGCCCUGUGCAGACCCACAUUAGUGAGAUCAUCCGAGGGCUCCCCGCGGAUUGCCGUGGGCGCUGGGAGAGCUUCGUGGAGGAGACGCUGACGGAGACCAACCGUAGGAACGCCGUGGACCUGGUAAGCACCCACCACCUUCACCCCUCGAGUGAGGAUGAGGACAUGGAGGGCGUUUUCCCUAACGAGCUGUCCCUUCAGCAGGCUUUCUCCGAGUACCAGGUCCAGCAGAUGACGGCCACCUUCGUGGAUCAGUUUGGCUUUAAUGACGAGGAGUUUGCAGACCAGGACGACAGCGUCAAUGCUCCUUUUGACAGGAUCGCAGAGAUCAACUUCAACAUCGACGCCGACGAGGACAGCCCCAGCGCGGCUCUGUUUGAGGCCUGCUGCAGCGACCACAUCCAGCCCUUUGAUGACGACGAGGACGAUGACAUCUGGGAGGACAAGGAGACACACUGUACCACGCGGGUGAUGGCCAGAGCCCGGUUUGGGGGCCCUCAUGCCUCAGAGAGCUGCUCAAAGAGCAGCCUGGAGCAUGGAGGCCAGGACGGGAAGGAGGGCUCGGAAGCCGAUGGGGAUGCAGCUCUGGUGGGCACCCCUCCGGCCGCUGCCUGGAAGGAAAGUCCCCGCGUGGAAGGUGGCCCAGAAGGUGCCACGUGGACGAUGUUCGAUGAGCCAGUGAACUCAACGACGCCAGCCCCGGGAGUGGCGAUGGACGUGGGUUCCAGUGUGUGGGCAGCCAGCGCGCCUAGUGCCUCGGCUCUGGAAGAGAAGGGCUGGGCCAAGUUCACUGACUUCCAGCCUUUCUGCUGCUCCGAGUCAGGGCUCAGGUGCAGCUCCACAGUGGACAGGGGCCGUGGCGAUGCCCAGGGUGGCCUGAACCAGGGCCGGGAGAGAACCGUUGGCCCGGCUUCCCCGUGUGCCUGGAAUGUAUGUGUCGCCAGGAAGACCCCCCUGGUGGCCUCCAACAGCGAUGAGGACGAGCAGAAGGUGGCUGGCGCCUUGGAGGCUGUUAGCAUGUGUCCUGGCCAGGAGACCUCCCCACUGCCCGUGUCAGUCCCCAGGGCCGAGUGUGGUGCCAGCACACCACCAGAUGCUGCCUCCCCUGCACCUGCAGAAGUGACCUCUGCUUCAGCUGUGGCUGGCCCCACUCCGGCAAUCUCUCCUGUGCUGGCCGUGGCAGUUCUUCCGGGGCCCAUGGUGGCCAUCACCACCACCACCACCGCCCCAGCCACGGCCAGUCCAGUUGUCUCCACGGUGGCUGCCCUGGGGACUGUGACCAAGGACAGCAAGAUGGACAUGCCGCCGCCUGCAGGAGCAACCUUAAAUGGCCCCGUGUGACGCUGCUGCCGCCCAGCCAUGGCGCGCCCUAAUCAGAAAAACUACCUGGUGAUGCAAUUUGUCAUUUUUAAUUUAAUUUAAUUUAAUUUUAAAAUAAAUGCUGCAUUGGUAAAGCUGGCAGUUGGAACCAGGUGGACGGCCCAGCUUCAUCUCUCCUGCCCGACCCCACACAGCAAUAAGGCCUCAGAUGUGCCCUCUGCCUGUGGAGCUGGGGCCAUGACCCCAAGACACCUGGAGGACUGAGGGCCGUGACAGGCGCGUAUGCCACAGGCUCUGAGCCUCAGUUUUUACCGAUUUUUUAACAAACGCAGGAGGAGCUGCGUGUUUGCACUUUGUAUCCAACGGCAGCGAAGGGUCUCCUCGGGACAAAUGCGGGUCUGGAGCUGGGCUGGACCAGUGUCUUUGCUGCCCAGUGGCCCCAGGAGCUGGCCUUGAGCCAGGCUGCAAAAUUUGACUGCCUUAAAAAAACAAGACCCUCGUGGCCUGGUGGGGGUGUCCUGACCCUCACACUCUGGUGGAUAGUUGGGGUACCUGGCAGGAGCUGGCCGUGGUGUGCAGGAGGUGGGUGUAAGGGGAGCAGAGACUGGAUCCAGCACUGCUGGGUGGGGUGGGGUCUGCACCUGUCGGGGAGGGCAGGGCUGCGUCGUCCCUGAAGGGGUCCACAGGAGUAUUUUACGUUGAGUCCAUUUUUAAUGUUCUGAUAAUCUGACAGGGCACCCAGAAACCCAACUCCCAAUAAAAGUUGUGUUAUCAUUACUGAC